AUGCAGUCCUCACGCCGCUGCUUUCUAGCGGCGGGCUGUUGGCUAAUGGCUUGUCUGGUUGCGCCUGGCGCUCUGAGAGUUGCUGCUGCUGCUGUUGCUGCUGCUGCUGCCGCCCCAGUUAACUCUCUUUUGGCUGAACGCCCCUUGGGUGUAGGCGGGCUAGCGGCUAACACACACAGCAACAACAACAGCAGCAACAGCAGCGGCAGCGUUCCGCGGGCAACGACAAACGCAGCAGCGUCGGCUGCUGCAGCUGCUGCUGCUCUUGCUGCUGUUGCAACGGGAUCUCUGUCUUUAAGACCGGACGAAUCCUUGUCUUCAGCCGCGAUACGAGUAAAUAUGAUGACGAGGAAGCGGGAGAGUCUUUUGAAAGCUUUAGGUGUUGCUGCAGCACCAGCAGCAGCAGCAGCAUCUGCAGCGGCAGCAGCAGCAGCCGGGGGGAACGUCGGCGGGAACAGCAACCGUUUUGCUGCUGCAGAGAGUACCUGGACACGGAAAUUGGCGACUGCUCAUCUGCAACAGCAGCAGCACCACCACCAGUGUCUGCAGCAGCCGCAGCUGGUACAACAGCAGCACGAGCAGCAACUGCAGCAGCAGUCAACAGAGCAGCGUGAUGCCGAUCAGCAGCGGCUUUCGGGGGCCUCUGGCUUGCUGCCACGCCGUCUAACAGGCAGCCUAUUCGGGUGUAUGUACAGGCGGGGGCCAUUUGGAGCUGCUGCUGCUGCUGCUGCAACAAAACACCGGAAGCAUGCGCUACCGCUGGGAUCGCUGUGGACACGGCGACUGCAGAAGCAAAACCUGCAGAUGAAGAGAAUUGAUGCAGGAGGGGGAGGCGAUUGCUUGUUUUUGUCAGUUGCUUUAGCUUUACAAGGAGAAAGAAGGGCAAUUACUUCGCAAGGCCUUCGCGACUUAGCUGCAAUGAAGGUGGCAGGCUUGGACUCGACAGGCCCGCAUGCAAAAGAGACGGGAGAUUGGGGGGAGCUUUGGUCUCCUUCGGCUGUUCUUAAUUCUAAGCAGCUUUAUGUCAAUAGAGACGGUGUAUGCUUUGAUGUAAGAACGCCUCUCGGCAAAGCUAAGGCGGUGUUCCACGAGAUGAGGCAGCCUGGAAACAACCACUGGGGAACAGGUAAUUAA